AGAAGAAGUUUUCCUUUCUGUUUUCUUCUUAUUUGGCGUGUUUAUAUGUCGGACUUCAAUUAAUAUUUAGAGGCUUCGACAGGUGCUAAAAAUAAUCGCAGGAGAAGAAGCGAUGGAGGCUGUUUCUCUUAAAAGAAAACCAAACUGGGUGGAAUCCAGUGUGGAGCAGCCCGUGGAUGUCAGCGUUCCUAAGGACAUCCAGCCUCCUGCUCUUCCCGCCAAACAUUACGAUGCAGAGACAACCGAACCCAUCAGCUGUGGUCUUUGCUCAUUGGAUGAGUUGUUGUCAUGGAGCUCAAGCGAGGCGAACCCCCUCAACGUGGCAGCCAUUCCUCUGGUACCCCGGGAGCCUCGCCUGGUGGACUGUCAGCGUCGCACGCUGGUGUCUCAUGAUAUGAUGGGUGGAUACCUGGACGACCGGUUUAUCCAAGGAUCAAAUGCCGAGGCGCCGUAUGCCUUCUACCACUGGCAGUACAUCGAUAUCUUCAACUACUUCACGCACCACAUGGUGACCGUUCCUCCAGCCGUGUGGACAAACGCUGCUCAUAAACACGGAGUCAUCGUUCUCGGGACUUUCAUCACCGAAUGGACUGAUGGAGCUGCAGUGUGCGAGACCUUCCUGAAGGAUGAGAAGUCCUACCAGGAAGUGGCUAACAAACUAGUCCAGAUCAGUCAGUAUUACCGCUUUGACGGCUGGUUAAUUAACAUAGAGAAUGCUCUGAGUGAGACAGCGGUGCGAAACACAGCGUCGUUUCUAGCUUAUCUGACACAGCAGAUGCACGAGCACGUGCCCAGCAGCCUGAUCCUGUGGUAUGACAGCGUCCUUGAGAGCGGAGAACUUAAAUGGCAGAAUGAGCUCAAUCAGUCCAACAGGAUGUUUUUCGAUGCUUGCGAUGGUUUUUUUACAAACUACAACUGGACCGAGGAGAACCUGGAGCAGAUGAAGGUCUUCUCUGGGAUGCGAGGCCGCCAGGCGGACGUGUACGUCGGGGUGGACGUGUUUGCCAGAGGAAAGGUGGUGGGAGGGAAGCUGGAAACCAAUAAGGCUCUCGAUGUCAUUCGGAAGCAUAACUUCUCUGUUGCCAUCUUUGCACCUGGAUGGGUUUUCGAGACUCUGAGUGAUAAGAACCAAUUCCGCGUUCAUCAAGACCUGUUUUGGGCUCUUCUCUCAGAUUACCUUUACAUCCACCGACCAGCCUCACGUCUUCCCUUCAUCUCCUCCUUCUGCCAGGGCUUUGGGAAAGCCCUCUACUGGAAAGGACAGCAUGAGAUGAGGAAGAGGUGGUUCAACCUAACGGCUCAGGAGAUCCAGCCCUUGUAUUACGAAAUGAAACUAGGGGAUGAGUGCUGGCUCAGGAGUAGCUGCUGCUCUGAAGAUGUGUGGAAAGGAGGCUGCUCACUGCUGCUGGGUGGACUUAUGCCUGCAAAUCUAAGCAGUCCCAUCUGUGCCAAGAUCUUUUCCCUUCAUGUGCCUCUGGACUCCAAGAUCUUGGUAGUUCUUGUCCAUAAAGCAUCUCCUGGAAUCACCAUCUCUCUGCAGCUGCAGACGACGGACGUCUCCUACUGCUCCCACACUGAUAACCAUGAGGUCACAUUAUCCAGUACGUCUCCCUCUGAACCUCAUUUAGCGGAGCUGAUCUCUGAACUGUGUGGAAACGGGAACCCAGAGGGGUGGACUGUUGGAUGUUCCCAGCUGGAGCUUCACAGCUGCGUUCUCAGAGAAGUGUGCGUCCUUAUUCAUCAGGACGCAGGCGCUCAGGACAGCCACUUCAAAUGCAGGGUUGGAGAGAUUAUGGUCCUGGAUGUGGACUCCCUGCAGCCGCCCAGUGACCCUGUGGAGGAUCUGCGCAUCGAUGACGUGGUGUGGCUGCGUGGAGACGCUAAAUCACCAGAGGGCGCCUCCCCCCGCCUCCGCCUCAGCGCUACGCUACGCUGGAACUACCCGCUUCAGUCUGUGCGCCACUUUAAGGUGUACUGGCGAAGGCUGAGAGGACCUGAUCCGAAAACCCCUCAUGGUCAGCUGGAGCUGGUGGCGUGGGCGUACUCCAACCAGUUCAGGGUGACGGAGCUGGUGGUGCCAGAGCCGCCCUGCGUGUUGGAGCUGGUGGUGGAGCCGGUAGACAGGAAGGGCUUCCCCGUCCCUGAGAGCCUCUGGGGAAGACGAAAGUUCAGCUACUCAGAAGAACCUUAACCUCCCGCUGCUGCUACAGGGAAACCUGUUCAGGAUCAGCGUCGACUAAAAGUCUCUUUUGUUUUAAAAGAGGAUGGUAUAAAAAUCCCCAUCCUUAAGAAAUAUUGAAGAAAAGAUGUUUUUUAUAGCUAUGAAACAGGCUGAGAGGAUGCGAGUGUGUAACAGCAGAAUUAAUGAAAUGAUGACAGCAAAGAAACUUCCAAGACUAGUCUGGAGGAUUUCAAUGAAGGAAUGUGAAACUAUAUAAUCCAAAUCAGAUGUUUGAAACCUGUUUAAUGAUCAUUAAGAAUAUUUGUGAGAAAAUGUCCAAAGAAAUAGGCUAUGAUCUCAUUAUUCCUCUGAUCUACAGAACAGGAAUGUAAUCAACUUAAAUUCUGACCGCAUGCAUGUCUGUUCGUCUGCAAGUCAUUGGAAAUAAAAAUUAA